AAUUUGAUUGUCGAGGAAAAUUUCAAAACGACUCUCUGCAAGCACUCCUCAGUCGGCAAGGAGCAUCCCUGGCGAGUGGUCAAAGUGUCGCAUUAGAGACGUUGUGACAUGUUGCCUGAGAUUCUGGCUGAUCUGUGACCUGUGCCUUAGGCCAAAUGGCUCUGUGACCAGCAUUUGAUAGUGAUCUGCAACGCAAAAUAGUUUAUACACGCAUCACAGCUUGCGCACUCCUGUAGUUCAAGGCGCAAUCUCGUGAGAUAAGCAAGUGAUACUUUCAUAUGUGGAUCAAAUUUCUCUGGCUCAAGACGGUGAUAAAGUGCAAAAGUGUGAUAAACUCAGUAGAAAAUGGCUCUGGACUUCGUGGCAGGAUGCUUAGGGGGAUGUGCGGGAGUGCUGGUGGGACAUCCCUUCGACACUGUUAAAGUGAACUUACAGACACAGGACUAUCGGAAUCCCCAAUAUCGCGGGACAUUCCACUGUCUGAAGACCAUCGUGGCCCGAGAUUCCGUUCGAGGACUUUAUCGCGGCAUGGCGAGUCCCAUGUCUGGCGUGGCUUUCGUCAAUGCCAUAGUCUUUGGGGUGUACGGCAACGUUCAGAGACGUACUGCGGAUCCUACCUCGCUGCGAUCACACUUCCUGGCGGGAGCGGCGGCUGGAUUGGCACAGAGCGUCGUCUGUUCACCGAUGGAGCUCAUCAAGACCCGCCUGCAGCUCCAGAGUGAAUCAUCCCCGGGUGGAAGGGUGAAGUUUAAGGGGCCACUCGAUUGCCUGACGCACAUCUGGCGCCACGAAGGACUGCGAGGAGUCUACAGAGGACUGGGCAUAACGGCAGCCCGAGAUUUGCCAGGCUUCUCCUCAUACUUCAUCUCAUAUGAGUUGAUGACGAGAAGUACACCAAAUCCGAGUGCCUUCCACACACUCAUGGCCGGAGGAUUGGCGGGGACUUUCUCCUGGAUCUGCACUUUCCCGAUGGACGUGGUCAAGUCGCGGAUACAGGCAGACGAGAAGGCUUACAAGAGCGUGAUGGAUUGCGUGGUGAAGAGCUAUCAAUCAGAGGGAAUUGGCUUCCUAUCCCGAGGAUUGGCGUCCACCCUAAUCAGGGCGUUUCCCAUGAAUGCCGCGUGCUUCCUCGUCGUCACGUGGAUCCUGAAUCUGGCCAGAAAGCACGACACCACAGAUGGUGUCCAGAUACAAAUAUCUCCAGCGCCAGAAGCCCUGCCGAUCGUCAAUCAAGUGCCGAAGAUCUUCAUAAAACACCACGAUUCGCUCCAUCACCACGAGUAUCGCCACAAGAGCAGCACCAUCCGCAACUACGUGGUCCUGGCCGCUUUCCAAGAGGCCAUCUGCGACGACGAGAUCGCAGAGCUCAUCAACGACACCUUCGAGGCGCACAACGAGGGCUACUAUCUCUGGGACACUGGCACAGAUUUAUCAGAAUCUUGAACUUCACACUCGGGGUGAUUUUUUCGGUGCUUAUUGGAAGUUCAUUCCGCAAAGUGUGUGUGAAUGUGUGUGGGAAAAAAGACUGAUAAAGUGAUGAUCGUGGAGUGAAAAAUUGUACAAUAAAGAAAUACAUUUUUACAUUUUUUAAAUUAAAUAA